GCUUAGCGGGUUUAUAUUGAUGGAUUACCGGAACAAACGCAGUGCUUUAUUGACGCUGACAGGUGGGGGCUGCAGCUCGCGGGACCGCCGGAACAACGUGCUGACACGGAGCGUCCGAUCAAACGCCGCGCAGGCCAGACAGGCGUUGAUGAUGUGGGGAGUCACACUGAUUUUUGUCUCCUAUGUUGUCGCCCAGGCGGCAUCACAUGAAAUUAAAGUGGAGUGUCAUGAAUUUCAUGAUUUCCCUCCAUACAACAUUACCACUCCAUCUAGACUGGCGAACUUGAAUGUGGAGCUGGUGACAGAGGGAGAAAGAUAUAAGAUGAACAUAAGUUGGGCAAUCAACAUUGAUGCUAGUCUUAAAUAUCUGACGGGCACUCGGAUCGCAAUUAGGGGGGAAACACCGUACCACUGUGGAUACAACCCACCUUUGACCACAGUGAAGGACACCUGGACAAAGCAGAUAUGGUUUCAUUAUUUAGUAAGGGCAAGCUAUGGCCUCAUUGACAUCCAAGCUGCCAAUCUCCCUUUGCCUCAACCGGAGAGUGGCCCCCCUUACCAGUUCGCCGAAAUCACAAUACCUCGCCCAAAACAGCCAGCAACAACUACUCAGGUUCCUACAGUUAAGAACACUACUUUAGGUAAAACUACACAAGUGUCCUCUGCACAAUUGAGAACAUCUGUUCCUGGCGAUGUCAACUUCACCAGCACAGCGGCAGCCAUUUUUGGAGGACUUGCCAGUUUGAUGAUCCUCAGUUCCUGCUACAUAAUCUAUAAAAACUGUGGCGCUAACUUCGCCACCUCAUUUGGUUUCAAAAUGUUGCCUACAUCUCCUGUCCCUGUCCUCAUGGUGUACCCUGCUGAGAAUUUGGCCUUCCAGCGAGCCGUGGUGGCCCUGGCGGAGUUCCUGCAGUGGCACGGCUGUUGCAGUGUGACUGUCGACAUGUGGCAGCAAGGGAAGAUAGCAGAGCUGGGGCUGAUGCGCUGGCUGGCAGAACAGACCAUGGCUGCAGACCGAGUGCUCAUCGUCUGCCCACAGCCCUCUUCACAGCCCAGCGACUCUCCUUCCAACCACAGCCAGCCAGAACCCUCCAUCCCAGCUGCAGCUCAUGACCUUUACCCACUGAUCCUCAACAUGGUGGCAAGCCAAGCAAAGAGCGCCAGCGACUUGGCUAAGUUCUGGGUGGUGCAGCUGGGCGAGCAGCAGGCCAAGAGGCCUUGUAACCUGGCGCUGGAACUGAGGGCCUGCAAGACUUUUUGUUUGAUGAAGGACUUGAGCAAGCUGUGCAGGAGCCUACACACCCAGAGGCAAGAAGGCGAGAAGAUAUUAGAUCUGAUCUUCACUCCAAGGAUGGAAAAGAGUUCAGGGAAGUUAAGGGAGGCUGUAGAAAAGCUAGGCGGACAUCAGCCAAAGAUUUUAAAGGAGGUGGAACCACUGAAAUCUGUUGUCACUACUAUUUGAACAUUUGUAAUGAAAAUGUUUACAUUCAUAGUCAGAGUAGUCGAUUACUGAGUAGCUGACUCUUUCAUCAUGUUUAUAGUUAUUACUGCAUAACAUGGGGUUGUAGCACUAAGGACCCUGGGUAUAUUUACCUAUGGCUGGCCAUGCUAACCUGAAUGCAACAAAUGAAAUUUCCAGCUUUUACGUUUUUGAUAUGAAUUUUGGAAUACGGUGGUUGCCUCCACUUAGUAGGAAGAUGCACUUACACCAUUUUUUUUUAGAAUUAAGUAUUAAAUACUAUCUCCUGUUUAAACUCAAAAUACACCUUAAUGAAAUGUAAAUAUGACACAAUGUUCUUUAAAUUCAAAUUAUGAAUUUAGUAAAUGUAAACACAUAUUUAUACCAAGUGAAAAAAACAAAGAACAGAUACAAUAUUUUACAACAAUCAAAAGUGUGUACCUUUUGAUUCUAAACCAGGCAUGGGCAAACUACGGCCCGGGGGCCAUAUGCGGCCCGUUGAGCUUUUUGAUCCGGCCCGCCGAACUUGAAGAAACUAUAUAAAUUAACCGUGUUAAUGUUAUAUUUUCCCUGCAAUUCUGUCUUUUUCCCAAUAGAUGGCGCACUCUAGAUACAGAGCUUUGUUGAGGUGCGCCGUAUUACUCCGUUUGAGCUUUAGUCUUCGAGCCUCAGCCCUUCUGUAAAGAUGAGCGGAGCUAAGAAAAGAAAAGUGGACAGAGAAUAUCCAGUUUUUAAUAAGGAGUGGACAACUAAAUAUUUUAAUAACUUUUAGUAAUGAAAAAAAUAUU